GUGGUGCCGGGCUUCUGGGCCUCCGUCCCAGGCGGGGCGCGGGGCCCGGCCGCGGCUCAGGUCGGGGGUCCGGAGCCCGCGCUUCUCGGGCCCGCGGCCGUCCUCCUGGCGGUGCCCGCCAUCCCCUGCCGGACCCCGCGGACCGAGCGCCGGGCAGGGCGCGAUGCGGGAUCGGGGCCGACCUCGGCCCCGCCGGACCCCAACCUUGGGGGGCACGGCCGGCGCCCCCCCCCCCCCCCCAUAAGCCGCAUGGUGGGUGGCCGGCCCGGGGCAAAGCGUCGGAAAGAGCUGUUCUGUGUCAGGCUUUUUCUCCGGGCACUUUCCGGCUCUGCGGGGGUAGGAAGUCCUCUUCUGGACUCGAAAUUGCAACAGAUUCUCUGAUAACGUUCUGCCCUUGAAGACCUGCAAGUGCUUUCCUCUGGGCCCUCGGUUUGCCCCAGGACGACACGCCCGCCCACCUGCCACUGGUGUGUCUACCCUGCCUCGGAGCCCUCGGCUGGCUGGGCUGCUGUGCCAGGCGGCAGCUGUCCUGCAGGCCUUGCCGGCAGAAGGAAGCAUUUCCACAGGGCCCCCGGGCGCUGUGCUUUCCUGAGCCUUGAGUAAGCACAGCUGGAGGGCGGGGAUAGGCUGCACCUGGUCAUGGUUUUUUGGGGCAGGGGUGCUGGUGGCUUGGCAAGAGGUUUUCAUUGAUGACCUCACUCAGUGCAGAAAGGGUCGCUUUGGGUCUCCUGGAUUGCCAUUCGUUGGCCUGACAUUAAAGGCCAAAGGUUGUCUAAGAGCCACCUGAGCUGCGGGGAGGCACAGGUAGACUGUUAGGUUAGCCGCGUGCUCAGGAGGCAUGGGCCUCGUGGCUGUGAUGCUGCCAUUUCCGUGUUUCCCCAGCUUCCGAUUCCUAGCCAGGAGUCUGUUUGCCUUUCUAGGGCCAAUAGAGGCAGUCCAAGGUGGUUUUUGUUAUUUUGAUGUAUGUUUGCUCUGGAGUCGGCAGGGACUUCCAGGCAAAUGCAGAAAAAAUAAAACACCCCUUUAUUUGGCAGAUGUAGCUUGUUUCCUCCACUGGAGAGCGGGGUUUCCAUCUUCCCUCUCUGUCCCUGGCACGUAGCAGCUGCUUGUAAACAUUUGCUUCACUGUCUUGGAGACCAGCUUGCAAGGUCUGUUCAUUUUAGGGGAUCCAGUCUGGGAGAAACCACCCCAGAUAAGAAGAGAUGAAGAAAUCUCACAAAGGUUUAACAGUUCUCUCUGGCCAGUGGUAUGACCCUCAUGUGCACUUCCUUUCAUGCUGGAGGUCGGCCUUCAUCUAAUCUUCUCAGCCCUCAGAUAAAGCCUUUACCCGAAGUGCUUAUCGGAUGGCAAGUGCUCUGUUUAAAGCCUGUCUCUCCCCGUGGACAGGGCGAGGGCCAUGUCACAUUCAUCUUUGGUCCCCUAUUGUCUGGCAUGGAAUGGGCCAGGGGGCGGGGGGGGGGGGGGGUCUCUCUGAAAGGCUGUGAAAUGAACCGAGAUGCUAAAACUAGUUUUUGUGUGGGUUAAGGGUGACCUUCGCAGAAACGCAGACGCCAUCUAGGCAGGCUUCUCAUAACAGUCAUAAAAUUCACCCCCCUGAAUCCGCAAGUUCCUGUGCAGGUGGGCCUCGUGGGCUUACACUGACCACUGCUGCCAGGACUGUCUGGCAGGUCGAGUGACCUUGGGCACACCGUGUUGCUCCUAAUUCUCGUUACCAUUUGAGCUAGCCUCAGAAGACGGAUUUAAGUGUUUGCUUUGAGAUGGUUUCUGCUUUAAAGUACAUAAGAACAAUGAAGCAGGUUAUAAAAAAGCACUUAACAUUCACCCUGUUCAAUGUUUUACCUGCUGAGGCAUACCUUUCCUGUUAUGACAACUCCGCUUGUGGAAGAAAGAAGCCCUUUCCGAUUCAAAGCAGCAGCUUCAGUGGCUGUUUCAAGUGUCACUUUGCAAAUGGAGAUAAUAUCAAAGGAAACAAACAGACCAAAAAAAAAAAAAAACAAAACCUCAGGGCAUUUUAUGAAGAAUCCACUUGAAUUUCUUUAUUUGGUAACUUUCAUUAAGCCUUCAGCACAGGUUUACCGAAGUCGUACUUCACCUGAGGAGGCCGUGUGCCCAUAUUCUGUGGCUACACGUUUGGGUGGCCAGCGCGCCACCAGAGGUGGACUGGGGUUUGCGAUGGAAAGAGAGGGGUAGCCUUCUGCUGGCCUUUGGUAGGGACUCUGGAGAAGGACGUGAGCUACGUUUUGGAGAACGAGGAGAUGAUGGAGAUGAUGGAUGUGGCAAGGCCACAUGAGGGAAAGGGCCUUCCGGGCGAGGGGGCAGCGUAUGCCUGCCUGAAGUCACAAGCGCACAGCUACUUCGCAACCUGCUGUUGCAAGAAGGGUGGUGGGGACUCCAGUAGGUGGAGCGAAGAGAGGAAGGUGAGGCCAGAGAAAGCGAGGCUGGUGGCAGGUCGGAAGAGGCCUUGAGUUCCAGGCCCAAGUGUGAAUUUUACCCUGAGAGCAGUGGGAAGCCACCAGGAUAUCUUGGGGUUGUGUGUGACUGAUCAGAUUGUGUCCUCCAGGGGUGAACGGGCGUCGAUGGCCAUGGUGGGUUGGCGACGGGUGGCACGGAGUUGGAAGCUGCCCACCUAUUGAAACGUAGGCCCAGCACAGAGGAAGAGUGGUGGGGGACAGAAAGGAGAGCGGGCCCCUGGGACAAGUGGCUUCAGGGCUGGGGAGGGUCAGGGAGAAAGGAGGUGUAGGGAACACUCCCAAGAUUGGGUGACAGCAUUUGCCAUUGCCAUGACACAGGCAGAGGGUGCCGGAAGGAGGCUGGCUUGGGGGCAGCCAAUGACAUUGAGUUUGCAGAUGCUGAACUUCCCAGUAAGUAAGGCUUCCCGGUGGCAGGUGGGUAUAUGUGGAUCUAGAACCAGAGAGAACGUCCUGGGCUCGACCGAGUUUUGGGGACUCCUUCUGAUGGUGCUGAAGCCACAUGGACUGGGGUGGGCCUCACCAGGAGAGUGUGUGGAGUAAGCAAGAGAAGAAGGAAGUCUGGAGACAGCUGGUGUUUUCUCGUACAGCAGCGGGGAGGUGACAAUGGAAGUCUAAUCAAUAACCGCUUGCCUUUUGGGGCCUGGGGGCAGGAUAGUGGGCUUUUUAUUUGUCACAGAGCCCCAGUUUGUUAGUUAGAACGAACGAAUGAUCUCAGCAAAAUGUGAGAGUCUAGAGGUGCAAAGUCAGAUGAUUGAUUCCAAGGGCCUUCCUGGGGUUUAGUUGCCUUUUGGGAAACUUCCAGAUGUCACUCAUCUCAAGAUUCGUUUCUCUCUAGACCAAGGGUUGGUCCUCUUGGAGCAUUCUUUACAGUUAGAUCUCUGAAAAACACUUUUUCUAACCAUGAAGAAUGCUGAAGAAAGUGUUUUUCAGAUCCAGAGAUGCAUUCAAAGUUACAGAAGUCUCAGGGUCCCCCUGCUGUCCUUCUGGGACCCUGGUUUCUGUGUGUUACAUCAGCAUUGGCAGCAAGCGGGACUUGGGAAAGACUCUGUUGAGGAUGCAGAGGGCAUGUAUAUGGUGCUGCCUCCCACACCUGGGGGCUGAGGGGGAGAGGGUGGGGAAAGGCCAGUGUUGCAAAAGGAGCCCCUACCUGCCCUCAGGAGUCAUGUGGCCCCACCGGGCUGGAGGCGUAGGCCCCCCCAGGGCUGGGCUGGCCUUUGGAUAAAUGCACAGGGGGCUGUUAGCCAUUAUCUUUGCCUCUGACGGAACAUGCUCUUCACUUAGGGCACCGGAGACAAGAUCUCAUUGUGUCCUGUGCAGCUCUGUCCCCCACUGCCUGGCUGUGGGACCUUAUCAGUCUCCCCUGAGUAUUGCACAAGGAUCUGCUGGCAGAGGUCACGUGCGAGCACUCAUGGGCUCUCCCUCCAUCCCACCCAAGCGUGCCCUCUCCUUUUACAGAUGAUUGGGAACACACUAUGCACGGCUUGGCUUGUUUCCCAUCAUCUGAAACUGUGUCUGCCUAGUCGUUACACACUUUGAAUUGGGUACCCCUCGCAGUGAGGGUUGUCAUUUACCCGUGGGUGUUCUGUCACCAAUCAGUGCCUUACUGUUAGUGUUCUAGAUGGAGCUCCUUGGCUGCUCCCGCCAAAAGCUCACCUCACCUCUCUGCCCCUUUAGCCUUUGCUUGUAUCAUUUUGCCAGCGUUCCCUAGUCAUUUUCAGUGAUUGCUUUUCCAACAAGGAUCCUUCUAGCCUUCGUAUCUUGGUAGAGCUGCCAGCCUUAGAAGGAUCCAGGUUUAUGACUUAAUUUCUCCCGCCUUUCCGGGCUGGCCCACCCCUCGCUGUCCAGCACAGGGGAGCAGGUGCCUCCCAGUGAACCCCAGGCCUCGUUCUUAGGCCCUUUGGCUUCUUGGAGCCUGUAUGGCUGGUCUGUAGAGCUGUCUUGUCAUCCACGCUGUGAGUGACGAUCCCUGCCCUGCCCUCUUCAACAGCUGAGGGGUUCACUGGCCCCGCAGCGGCUGUGUUCCAAGGCCCUGUCCUGUGCCUGUGCUGUUGCUGCUGCUUCCUGGGCCAGGGCUGCCUCAUCCUUCAGGACCCAGCUGAGGUCCCAGACUCUCUGUGCUUUCCUCUCCUCACGCCUGUGCCUGGGUUGGUGUGGUCAGUCCGUUCUCCUGGUCCCACAGGCAGAAGCUCGCUGAGAAUUUGCAUCUUUGUAUUCUAGCGUUGGGUAGUCUGGCGCCCAGGAAGUGUUUUGAAUACCUAUUUAAAUCAUUGUAGCUGCAGGACUCCCUCUUGCCCCAGCUUUGUUGUCAGGUCUAAAAAUACUUGCUGAGUACCUGCUCUGUGGCCAGCCGUCUAAGGCACACCUGUCCCAGGCACCGUGUUUGGAAUUCAGACCAGUCAGAGUUCUGAUGCUGCUGACGGGGGCGGGGCUCUCUUCUGCUUCUCACUCUGUGCUGCUAGCUUAUUUACCAUGUGCCCUGGGGGUGUUUUCCCAGACCUGUUGGGAGAACCCUGUUUUGCUCAGAAGGUAAAGAUCCUGAAUUAACAGAGCCCCAUUCGAACCUCAGCCCCUGCCUGUGGGCAGACCAGACCAGGCUGGGGGAAAGGUGUUUUGCCCCUCAGGGACACAGGGAACUGUUUUGAGUGGCCAUCAGGGACCUGUUCCUUGUCCCAUGCUGCAGGCUCAGAUGCCAUUGGUAAGACCUGCAUUUGAACUUCUGCCUGGAGACAGGCAGACAGGCCAGCCAGCUGUGCUAAGAUCAACGUCUCGUGAAUGGUCACACCCCUUGUACCUGGCACGUGCCCUCUGUUGUGUGCCAGCAGCAAAGCGCCCACUAUCAAGUUCCCCAGUCACUGGCCACCCGACAGUCAUUGUGCAAUAUGCCAAUUGCCAUUAAUAUUUGAAAAAUCCCUGUGUUGUGUCUCCGGGCUGCGACAGAGCACAGCCCGCUCUCCUGUUGUGCGAACAUGCCUGCUGGGAAGGUCACACGCGUACAAGUUGGCAAAUGCUCCCUCUUGUUAUUUAGAAUUAAAUUUUCUUCUUGGGCUAAAGCAGUUUGGGGUUUUUUUGAGUCUCCAUGUUGCUUUCUCUUGUUUCCUCCUUCCUGGGGACGCUGGGUGUGGUGUGAGGUACCCAGGUUCAAAAAUCACCGUGUAUUAGAAGAGCUGGACUCAUAAGCAGGUAGGUCAUCACAACAGCGUGCCAAUGCCAGGAGGGGGUUGAGUUCAGUGAGGGCGCCCUCGGCCCUGCCUGGGAGGUCAGAGAAAGUCCGUGAAGGAGGGGGCAUUUGGGCAGAGGCGGGAAGCAGGUCGGUGUGUCCUGCCUGGUUCCCUUCUCAACGGGGCGCGUGCGCCGGGCUGGGUCCCGCGGGAGGGUGCGGCCGGGGAGGCUUUCCGCUGCCGUCCAGAGAUGAAUGUUACAGAUGCAGGAGAAACUGGAAUGAUCUGGCCAUCUACUGAAACUUGCUGAAGCAAACCGUUAUGACGUCUCUGGACCCUGUACUGUCCCAGGCGGAAAGGCUAGUCUGAGGGUACAGGAUGGCAAAGAGGUCAGCAGCAAAGCCUAGGAGACGGGGCUGGGGGAUUUAGCUGCUCCGUGCCUCUCCCGGCAGCCUGGGAUCCCCGUGCUGGGCGCCCCACACCAUGGAUCCCCCGGGCUACAACUGCUUUGUGGACAGAGACAGGAUGGACGCGGCCGUGCAGGACCUGGGCCCCAAGGAGCUGAGCUGCACCGAGCCGCAGGAGCUGAAGCAGCUGGCUCGCCAGGGCUACUGGGCCCGCAGCUACGCCCUGCGGGGGAAGGUGUACCAGCGCCUGAUCCGGGACAUCCCCUGCCGCACGGUCACACCGGACGCCAGCGUAUACAGCGACAUCGUGGGCAAGAUCGUGGGCAAGCACAGCAGCAGCAGCCUGCCCUUGCCCGAGUUUGUGGACAACACGCAGGUGCCCAGCUACUGCCUGAACGCGCGGGGCGAGGAUGCCGUGCGCAAGAUCCUGCUGUGCAUCGCCAACCAGUUCCCCGACGUGUCCUUCUGCCCCGCCUUGCCCGCGGUCGUGGCCCUGCUGCUGCACUACAGCACGGACGAGGCCCAGUGCUUUGAGAAUGCCUGCCGCAUCCUGGCCUGCAAUGACCCCAGCCGGAAGCUGGUGGAUCAGAGCUUCCUGGCCUUCGAGUCCUCCUGCAUGACGUUUGGGGACCUGGUGAACAAGUACUGCCAGGCGGCCCACAAGCUGAUGGUGGCCGUGUCAGAGGACGUCCUGCAGGUCUAUGCGGACUGGCAGCGCUGGCUGUUCGGGGAGCUGCCCCUCGGCCACUUCGCCCGCGUCUUCGACGUGUUCCUGGUGGAAGGCUACAAGGUGCUGUACCGCGUGGCGCUGGCGAUCCUCAAGUUCUUCCACAAGGUGAGGGCUGGGCAGCCGCUCGAGUCAGACAGCGUGAAGCAGGACAUUCGCACCUUCGUCAGGGAUAUCGCCAAGACCGUGUCUCCUGAGAAGCUGCUGGAGAAAGCAUUUGCCAUCCGCCUCUUCUCCCGGAAGGAGAUUCAGCUCCUGCAGAUGGCCAACGAGAAAGCUCUGAAGCAGAAAGGCAUCACCGUCAAGCAGAAGAGUGUUUCACUUUCUAAAAGGCAGUUUGUGCACUUGGCGGUGCACGCGGAGAACUUCCACUCAGAGAUCGUCAGUGUGAAGGAGAUGAGAGACAUCUGGUCGUGGGUCCCUGAGCGCUUUGCCCUCUGCCAGCCCCUCCUGCUCUUCUCCUCGCUGCAGCACGGGUACAGCCUGACCAGGUUUUAUUUCCAGUGUGAAGGACAUGAGCCCACCCUCCUGCUCAUCAAGACCACGCAAAAGGAGGUGUGUGGGGCUUACCUGUCAACAGACUGGAGUGAGAGGAACAAGUUUGGAGGCAAAGUGGGCUUCUUUGGGACGGGAGAGUGCUUCGUGUUCAGGCUGCAGCCUGAGGUCCAGCGCUAUGAGUGGGUGGUCAUCAAACACCCGGAGUUGACCAAGCCAGUGUCCUUGGAGGCUGCUGCCGCUCCAUCCCCUCUCGGCCGCCCCACAUCCUCAGACCCUGCCGACCGCCUCUCGCCCUUCCUGUCCGCGCGGCACUUCAACCUGCCCUCCAAGACCGAGUCUAUGUUCAUGGCUGGGGGCAACGACUGCCUCAUCGUAGGUGGAGGGGGCGGCCAAGCGCUCUACAUCGAUGGGGACCUGAACCGGGGCCGCACUGGCCACUGCGAUACUUUCAACAACCAGCCCCUCUGCUCUGAGAACUUCCUCAUCGCUGCCGUGGAGGCCUGGGGCUUCCAAGACCCCGACACCCAGUGACAGGCCUGCGCACGUGGGGACGGAGCUGUCACUGUGGGGUGGGGGUGGGGCAGUGGCCCCCUCUUCAUGGGGCAGGCAGUAAAGGAAGAACCCCCCUCUGUGUGGUGGGCAGCAUGUGGGUGCAGCUGGGGCUCUGGUGCUGGGCCGGGAAGGGGUGCCCGGACCUCAGCUGGCUGAGCCUUGCCCUACUCAGACCUACGCAGACUUGCUUGGACUCAGGCCCUGCUUCUCUGUGGAGCAUCCUGUGCCCAACGCCUGGAAGGGGCUACAUCUUGCAGCCCCUGAGUCUUAGUCCCUUGGUGCGAGAUGGGGACUCCGAAAGGCAGAAGGAACCUUCCGGCAAGUGUGGGUCCAUGGCGCCCCCUGCUGGGGCCUGUUAGCACGGCUCUGAACGGAGCCCUGAGGCUGCCACCUGGUGGGCUGCUGAAGGCCCCCGGGAGAGACAGACGCCCUGGCGGCUGCCCCCUGUCCAUAUCCCCUCCCACUGUCCAGGGCUUCUCACCCAGUGUCCUCUUCUGGUGCUGGCCUCCUGUGGCUGCCUCUUGGACAGGAGCUGCAAGGUGAAAGAGGGAAGGGCAGGAUCUGGGCCCCUCCUGAGGGAAGGAGAGCCGGAAUGAUGCAGGGCUGGAGAGGACAUUAUGUGUCCUCGUGUUUCAGAGCCUGACACUCCUGCGGGGCCUCUCUGUGGGUUCACAACUGGAGAGGCUGCCCAGGACGGCCCAGGGACGGGCCCUCUGCCACUGACCCCAAACCCGCCAGCUGCAUUUCCACAGGCUUGUCCAGAGAAACCCAGACCCCUGGGGGUUUCUUCAGCCUUCCUCCUCUCUGCGGGGGAGGGGGGGGGCCUCCUCUGCUCCCCUCGGUCCCUGCGGUGGCCCCAGGAUCCUGUCCAGACUCCUCAGCGUGGCAUGCUCGUCUUUGUCCAUCCCCACGGGCCCCAGGUUGCCGGCCCCCCCCCCCCAGAUCCUUCCCACACAGCGCCUUCACCACAUGCCCCUCUGUGCGCCUCUCACAGCCCUGUGUUUGGCUACACAGUGUGGUGUCCUCGUGCUGCAGCCUGUCCCCCACUUCCCUGCCCCACCUGGCUCUGCACACGCCCUGCAGACUGUAGGGACCACGUGCAGACUUGCCAGGGGGUGCUGUGGGGAGUGACCUCCCACCCCAUGCCCUCCCUCAGCUGGUCCUGAGGGCCUGGGCACCCGGGGAGGGGGCGGGAGGGGGGGAGCAGACAGACAGACACCCAAGCAGCCGUGCUGGGGGCUUUGGCAGCCUGGGUCACAGGUGCUGGGGUCCUGGCCCCCACGUGGCUGCAGCCAGCCUCUCGGCGUCCCCACGCGUGAUGCCUCUGCUGUCUCCAUCUUGCUUGGUCCUUCUGUGGGGCACUGGCCCUCCUAGUUCAGUCUCCUCUGAGCUGGGCCACCGUGGCACAGGAGGAAGGACCAGGAGCUCUGUGUGGCUUCGGGCAAGCCCGUGGACCUGCCUGGAACCCAUUUUCCCCAACCGUAAAAAGGGGCCAGUCAUCCUGCACCGCUGUCCCCGUGGGACUGUUCAGAGGUUCUGAGGGGGACCGCGUGAGUCUCCAGUGAGUGGAGAGGUGCCGGAGGCAGUAUCACAGUUCAUCCCCCCCCCCCAACACACCACGGCAGCCCUUGCCCCCCCAGCCCCAGCCCUCCUGUGGCGCAACUUUGGUGUUCAUUAAACACGGUCUUGUUACAUGAACUCUGAGGGUCCAAGUCUGGUCUCUUCAACCAGAGGAGCCUCCAGGGGCUCCCCUGGGUGGGCCACCAAAUGGGGCACAGGAGGCUGCACCUUCACGAUGCCUGUCUGCGUCACCAGUGGAGUGUUGAGGGCCUUUGAAUACCACCUUCUGUAAGCCACUGGAGGUAUAUCCAAGCACUGUUUGCGUGGCUCCCUCUGCAAACUUCUGGAGCCUGGGGAAUUCUUUGCUGGUGAGUGAGUCUGGAGGAGUCCCUGUGGCUGCCCUGAGGCUCCUACCUGGCCCUCGAAGAAAUCCAGCCCAGGAGGGAGAUGAUGGCUUAGUCGUGGGGUCUCUGUCUAUAGUGUGCAGUCUCUGUGUGCACGUGCAGCGCCCAGGUUCUUCCACUUUGACGUUGUCUCCCGAGCUGUCCUGCUGAACUAAAAGGUAUGUGAUUAUUACCUUCAUUUUUAAUUCUUAUUUAUUCUUGUGCGAUGUCAGGUGUUCCCAAAUAGAACACGUUUUGUUAAUAUUCUCUGUUGUUUCUUCUUGAUUACCUAGAAUUAGCUUUUGAUGUUAAAAAUAGCCAAAUUUUUAUGGAAUUGCAUGAUGAAUUAUUACCCGUUUUUCUAGAAACAUUUAGAAGUUUAUUUUGAGGGGUGCCUGCCUGGCUCAGUUGGAAGAGUGUGCUGUGCGACUCUUGAUCUCGGGGUCAUGAGUUCAAGCCCCACACUGGGUGUAGAGAUUACUUAAAUAAAACUUAAAAAGAAAACAAAACAUAGUUUGAAUCAGUUCAUUAAAUUAAUUUGUUGAAGUGGACUAUAUGCGUUUAGGGCUUCAGAACGUCAGUUUUUUAAAAGUAAUUUAUAAUACAAGAGUAAGGCAUUUGUAUUAUGAAUUUUUCAGAGUUUUAAUUGCUGAAUUGCAAUUAGUAUUUCAACUUUUCCUACUUUUAUAAGCGGGGUGCUUAAUUUUUUGAGUUUCUCCUGGCAACUUGUUGCAGAAAAUUCUGAAGAUUCUAGGCUUUCAAAUUUCUUAUCCAUUUCCUGAAGCCAUAAGGCCUGUAUAGUGUCUUUUAGUAUUUAUUAUUUACCAGGUUUGGGUUUUGUAACUUUUCAUUCUAAAUAAUUUUAGAUUUAUGGAUGAGAUGCAGAGGUGGCCCAGCGGGUUUCCAUGGGCCUUACCAAGCUUUCAGAGGCCUCGUACAGCACAUGUAUCCAAGCAGAGAUAAAUAUUGGGAUAUAAUGCUAUUAACCACAGAUUUAAUCAGAUUCCUUGAGUUUUCCCACAGCCCUUUCUCUGUACCAGGAAUAGUUUUAAUUUGUAUAGAUAUUUACAUUUUUAUUAAAUCCAGAGUGACUUCAGAAUUCAUGGGCCUAGGGCUGCCUAGGUGUCCCAGUAGGUUGAGCGUCCGACUUUGGCUCAGGUCAUGAUCUCACAGCCUGUGACUUCAAUCCCCACAUCCGGCUCUGCGCUGACAGCACGGAGGCUGCUUUGGGUUCUCUGUCUCCCUCUCUCUCUCUGUCCCUCUCCACCCCCUCUCAAAAAUUAACAUUAAGAAAAAAUUCACAAGACUAAACACUGGUCAAAAAAAUAAAUUAGCCAGCACACCCCUGGUCUCAAACAUGAAUUCACAUCUUGACUGUUGUCCUCGCCCAAAUGCCCCGUUUGCGUGGGGAAGUUACCCGGUGAAGCCAGGAGCACCAAGGACACCUCAUGAGCGCUUGACCCUGCAGCAUCUAAGUUAGGCAGGAAAGCGUGUGGAUCUUCAAAAAUAACCUGGCAUAAAACAGAAUCAUGAUCUUCAUCAGGUUGGUGUCAGACUGUGCCCUGAAGUUAGGCACGGUGUCACGUGAUUCGCUGCUAAAGAUGAAAUGCCUCACACACUUGCAGACGUGCUCACUUGACCCAGCCGCAUGGAAUUUAACACUGUGCGACCGAAGAAGCAAAAUCAGUGGACACGCGGUCACACAGACACACUGACCCGUGACGUGCCUCAGAGACGCACCAGCUGUUAAAAACCUGCUUCGGAUUGCUGAAUCCACAGCGUGUUCCCUAGUUGUCCAAUUAGUUUGGGCACCUAGAAGCCAUUUCAUCGGUGAGAAGCACCGCUGACCGUGGGGGCCUGCAAGUCGGGUCUGGUCCGGGGACGCCGUGGCCGCGUGAAGGCCGGGAGUGGGCCCUGCUCGACUUCACGCUGAGGUGCGCUGACUUGCAGAGGACUCACCUCAGCAAAAGCAAGCAAGCUCACGACUGAAGAGGAGAAAGUCGUGUGGAUGAUCUUCCCUUCCAUUCUUGCGCAGGCCGGCUAUUGGCUGGAAAAUGGAGCAUCUGAACGAGUGUCACAAAGAAUCGUGAGACCGAGUGAAAAUACGCUGGCGUGUGGCGACCGAACUUUGGCUUUGCGGCAGAGUCUAAGUUGGGAAGAGUGAAAAUAAAGGAUUUUGUAACGUGGUUGGUCAGUGUUCAUUUGAGUCCUAAAUAAAAAUCAAUGAGAGCUAAUGGACAACACUGAAA